AUGACAUUUGAGUUUGAGAGCAUUGGUCAAGUCAUUGACCGUCUUCACACACUCCAGUCCAUCAACAAGGAACUUCUAGAAAGCCAAACUAGGUUAGAGAAGGAGAGAGAAAGCACAAAGCUGAAACUGAUACAGUACAUAAAUAAACUGCGAACUGUUCUCCUGCACUGUAACAACCAACUGCACCAGCAACAGACGCAGCUAGACACCAUACGCUUAGAAGCAUACAAAUGGGAAUUAAAACUGAAGCACUUCCAUUCCACUGCAGCAAAAGAGACGCUCCAGUUUGCUCAGCUAAAGGCCACAAUCCGUAACAUUUAUCAGAUGAUCACACAUUACAGAAGAGUCUCUGUGGACACUGAGGACACCUUCAAGCAGCUGGAAAUGAUUCAGAAAUAUUUUCAGUUUAUGAGAGCUAUAGAUGAUGAACUGAAGUUCAACAUUAUAACAAGGCCGAAUCGAACUGAAGGGAAUGACAGCAGAGAUUAAGAC